AAAUUAAAUUUGAAAAUUCCCGCGGCGAAGAAAACCUACAGUCGAUAAAUUUAACUCACAUGGUAACUAGCAAGAAAUUUUCAAUUGUGUCAUCUACUGGAACGUGAAUCAACUAAAAAGUUUAUAGGUGGCCCAUGAUGGAGGACCACCUUCACAUACUUAACCACUAAAAAAAUCGAAUAUGUGCCCUGUCAAUCUGUCAACAUUCAACAAUCGUUUCUUCACAUAUAUUUAGUAAUGCUUACUGUGUAAAUUAUCCGAUUGACUAUUAAAUAAGUAAAUUUUCAUUUUCGAAUCAUGAAAAUUAUUUGUGAAUUAAAAUUUUCUUCGUUAAAUUAAACCUAUUGCAAUGUGCACUAUAUUAAUGUUGACAACCUAAUCGUCAGGAUGCUUACGUCAAUCUACUUUCACAAAUUUAACCUGCUAUUACAUUACUUAUCUUACUUAUCAAUUCUGCCAUUCAAUACAUAUUUGUUGGAUAGAAUUUGAACUGGAGAUCAGUGGGAUCAGGUGUCAUAAUUGACGAUGCAAAAUAAUUCCAAAACCAGAGAGAUGUUCAUUGUCAGAGCUCUUGAAAAAAUUCUCGCCGACAGAGAUGUCAAAAGAUCACAUCUCUCACAACUUAGAAAAGCGUGCGAAUCAGCACUUGAGGAUUUACGGAACGAAAUCAAAGAUGUCCCAAAUUCGCAGAGUGAUGAAGCAAUUUCGAAUGCAUUACCCCAACCGAAAAGUGAUUCAAGUGUCAUUUCGGCGGAAAAAUAUUUCCUUCCAUUUGAAUUGGCGUGUCAAAGUAAAUCGCCAAGAAUUGUUGUCACAUCAUUGGAUUGUUUACAAAAGUUGAUAGCGUACGGUCACCUGACGGGCAGUGUUCCAGAUUCAACCGAUCCAAGUAAAUUGCUGAUUGUUCGCAUUGUGGAGACAAUAUGUGCAUGCUUUAUGGGUCCACAGACGGACGAGGGAGUUCAAUUACAAAUUAUCAAAGCCUUGUUGACCGUUAUGACAAGUCAACACGUCGAAGUUCACGAGGGAACUGUUCUUCUCACAAUUCGCACCGUUUACAAUGUUUAUCUUGCGUCGAGAAAUUUAGUCAAUCAAACGACAGCUCGUGCCACUCUCACGCAAAUGAUUAAUGUUAUUUUCGCAAGGAUGGAGACGCAAGCUGAGGAGGAGCACAUUAAGGCGGAAAUGGAGCAACCUGAUCAGUCGGGAACUUCGGGGACGGAAACAGAGAGCGAGCAGGUUGUCAAUGAGGAGCCGAGUGGAGAGAAUGUGCAGGAGUCGCAGAUUGUUGUGAAGUCAAUUUUAGACGAUGUGGUGAAUACAAUUAUUUCUGAGGAGUCACCAAUUCCCGUCACUUCGGAAGCAAUUAGUUUGGAUCAAGUUCCAACCGACGACAAUACAGAUGAGACAGUCGCCGAAAGUGACAAUAUAGUAACUGCAAAAUUCACUCAUGUUCUGCAAAAAGAUGCAUUUUUGGUUUUCCGCGCACUUUGCAAACUUUCUAUGAAACCACUGCCCGAUGGAACUCCUGAUCCAAAAUCUCACGAGCUACGAUCAAAAAUAUUGUCACUACAAUUGCUCUUGGGUAUAUUGCAAAAUGCGGGACCAAUAUUGAGAUCGAAUGAAAUGUUUGUUAUUGCAAUUAAGCAGUAUUUGUGUGUUGCUUUAUCGAAGAAUGGCGUUUCUUCAGUACCUGAAGUUUUUGAAUUGUCCUUGGCGUUAUUCCUUGCAUUGCUAGCACGUUUUAAGGUACAUUUAAAAAUGCAGAUUGAAGUAUUUUUCAAGGAGAUUUUCAUGAAUAUACUCGAAACAUCAAGCAGUUCCUUUGAACAUAAAUGGAUGGUGAUACAUGCACUGACUCGUAUUUGUGCCGAUGCGCAAAGUGUCGUUGAUAUUUACGUAAACUAUGACUGUGAUCUAUCGGCUGCUAAUUUAUUUGAAAGGCUGGUUAAUGACUUAUCGAAGAUAGCGCAAGGUCGACAUGCCCUGGAGCUUGGCGCGUCUCCGAAUCAGGAGAAAUCGAUGAGAAUACGAGGUCUCGAGUGCUUGGUGUCGAUUUUGAAGUGUAUGGUCGAAUGGAGUCGUGAUCUCUACGUGAAUCCCAGUAUUCCCGCUGAACAACAAUUGCCAACGGAGCCGCCUGAUCCUCCGCUCGAUCCACCUUUGCCACGUUAUGGAAGUGCCGGUAGUUUGUCGUCCGCAAAUUCUAGUCUCGUAGGAAAUAAGGAAGUUCCCGAUUCUCCGGAGCAAUACGAGGUACAAAAACAUCAGAAAGAAGUUUGGGAAGCUGGUAUUGAAAUAUUUAAUCGUAAACCAAGUAAAGGAAUCCAGUAUCUUCAGGAACAAGGUCGUUUGGGAACAUCGCCGACUGAUGUGGCGAGAUGGCUACACGUCGAUGAGCGUCUCGAUAAAACUGCAAUUGGAGAUUUCCUCGGUGAUCAUAAUCAUAAUGUAGUUAUGUACAGUUAUAUAGAUCAAAUGGAUUUUGCGAAGCGAGAAUUAGUCAAUGCUCUUAGAUAUUUUUUGGAAGGAUUUCGACUGCCGGGUGAAGCUCAAAAAAUCGAUCGGCUAAUGGAGAAAUUUGCCAGUCGAUACUGCGAGUGUAAUCCCAAUAAUGGUCUGUUUACUAGUGCCGAUACUGUCUAUGUUCUCGGUUUUUCAAUUAUUAUGCUCACUACAGAUUUGCAUUCACCUCAGGUCAAAAACAAAAUGACCAAAGAGCAAUACAUCAAACUAAAUCGACGAAUUAGUGAUAAUGAAGAUUUACCAGAGGAGUACUUGUCGAAAAUCUACGACCAAAUUGCGGGCAAUGAAAUCAAAAUGAAAUCGAAUCCAAAUAGACUUGGGAAACAAGUUAUUUCUAGUGAAAAGAAACGGAGACUUUUGUGGAAUAUGGAAAUGGAAGUGAUCUCAACGGCAGCAAAGAAUUUAAUGGAGUCGGUUAGUCACGUUCAAGCGCCAUUCACCACGGCAAAACAUCUCGAACAUGUUCGUCCAAUGUUUAAAAUUGCGUGGACACCAUUCCUGGCAGCUUUCAGUGUUGGUCUUCAAGAUUGUGAUGAUCCUGAAAUUGCCUCUUUGUGUUUAGACGGUAUUCGAUGCGCAAUUAGAAUCGCUUGUAUUUUCCACAUGACGUUGGAACGUGAUGCGUAUGUACAAGCUUUGGCGAGAUUCACUCUCUUGACGGCAAAUUCGCCCAUAACGGAAAUGAAAUCAAAGAAUAUAGAUACAAUAAAAACGUUAAUAACUGUCGCGCACACGGACGGAAAUUACCUUGGCAGCUCUUGGCUCGAUGUCGUCAAAUGCAUAUCGCAAUUGGAGCUCGCUCAAUUAAUUGGAACUGGAGUGCGACCUCAACUUCUGGGACCUCCCUCGAAGCCUCAUUUUCAAUCGCCACUCGCUAAUCUCACGAGUUUAAGUUACAAUAAUUCUAAUCAGUCCAAUAGUUUAAAUCUCAGUUCUCUAGAUCCGAGCGUAAAGGAGUCAAUCGGCGAGACAAGUUCGCAGAGCGUUGUCGUGGCAGUGGAUAGAAUAUUUACUGGUUCAACCAGAUUGGACGGCGAUGCAAUUGUGGAAUUUGUCAAGGCACUCUGUCAAGUAUCACUGGAAGAAUUGGCGCAUCCAAUGCAACCGCGAAUGUUUUCAUUGACAAAAAUAGUUGAAAUUUCCUACUACAAUAUGGGACGUAUUAGAUUGCAAUGGUCACGAAUUUGGCAAGUAAUUGGCGAGCAUUUUGAUCGUGUCGGCUGUAGUCCUCGACAGGAUAUCUCAUUUUUUGCCGUCGAUUCAUUGAGACAAUUGGCAACGAAAUUCAUUGAGAAAGGUGAAUUUGCAAAUUUCCGAUUUCAAAAGGAUUUUCUCAGGCCUUUCGAGCAUAUAAUGAAGAAGAAUCGUUCGCCAAUUAUUCGCGAUAUGGUUGUCAGAUGUGUUGCACAAAUUGUACAUUCACAAGCGCCGAAUAUACGAUCAGGUUGGAAGAAUAUAUUCAGCGUUUUUCAUCAUGCGGCGAGUGAUCGUGAUGAGUCGGUUGUUGAGCUUGCCUUCUCUAUGACUGGAAAAAUUAUCAAUGAAUUGUACGCUGAAGAUUUUAGCAUCAUGGUAGAUUCAUUUCAAGAUGCGGUUAAGUGCCUAAGUGAAUUCGCCUGUAAUGCGUCAUUUCCUGACACAAGUAUGGAAGCGAUAAGACUGAUUCGAUCUUGUGCCUGUUAUAUCGAUAUGAAUCCGAAUAUGUUCGCUGAAGGUAUGAUGGAUGAUAAUGGAAUGGUGUCUGAAGAUGAUCGAGCUUGGGUGAGAGGUUGGUUCCCCUUAUUAUUCGAAUUAUCGUGCGUCGUUAGCAGAUGUAAAUUAGAUGUCAGAACGAGAGCGUUGACUGUACUUUUCGAAGUUGUCAAAACCCAUGGUUUGUCUUUUAAACCACAUUGGUGGAAAGAUUUGUUCCAAGUUCUCUUUAGGAUAUUCGAUAAUAUGAAAUUACCCGAGCAACAUACAGAGAAAGCUGAAUGGAUGACAACGACGUGUAAUCAUGCACUCUACGCAAUAGUCGAUGUCUUCUCGCAAUUUUACGAGAUUCUCGGACCCAUUCUCCUUGAGCAAUUGUACUCCCAACUAUUAUGGUGUGUUCAACAAGACAAUGAACAAUUGGCACGAUCAGGAACAAAUUGUCUCGAGAAUUUAGUCAUCAGUAAUGGAAUAAAAUUUGACGAACAAACGUGGGAUAAAACGUGUCGUUGUGUCUUUGAUAUUUUUGAAAGUACCCUGCCAAAUGCACUGCUCACGUGGAAACCACAAUCACCGAACAAGGAAUCAGAUCUCGAUGUAAUCACCGGUGAUUCCGAUCAUGUAGGCAUCCUGAAGAGAAGUAACAGUAAUCAGAGUCUAACGAACGGUGAGAAUCAUCGAACGAAAAUUUUCUCCGCCCUACUCAUCAAGUGUGUCGUGCAAUUGGAAUUAAUCCAAACAAUUGACAAUGUCGUCUUUUAUCCGGCCACCUCGAGAAAAGAGGAUCAGGAGAAUCUUGCUCUAGCUCAAGCUGACAUGAUGAAUCAUAAAUCAAGCGAAUUAGGCGGCAGUAAUGGCGGUGAUCAACAGAAAGAGGAACAGGGCAUGUACUGUUCAUUGACGGCAAAUCAUCUUCUGCGACUUGUCGAGUGUCUCUUGAAAUCGCAUCGUUUCGCGAAAAAUUUCAAUUCCAAUCACGAGCAACGAAAUGUCCUUUGGAAGGCGGGAUUUCGUGGCAAUGUGAAACCAAGUCUCAUGAAACAAGAGACACAAUCUUUAGCCUGUGCUUUACGAAUUCUUUUCAAAAUGUACAGUGACGAAGCGCACAGAAACGAUUGGUCAAAAGUUGAAAAUCGUCUCGAGGAAGUGGCGCGCGAGGCUUUGGAUUAUUUCCUCGCACUCUCAACCGAAGCGCAUCGUGACGCAUGGACGCCAAUUCUCCUUCUCCUACUAACGAGAAUAUUGAAAAUGUCCGACAAUCGUUUUGCAGUGCACGCAUCAAAUUGUUAUCUAUUGCUAUGCGAAGUUAUGUGCUUCGAUCUUAAACCUGAAUUAAGAUCUGUUCUGCGAAGGUUUUUCCUUAGGCUUGGUCCUGUUUUCAGAAUUACACAGCAAUAGUUAAUAACUAAACGGUAAUAAUGUCAACUAUUUGGUACUUUGCUUGAAAACGCAAGUGUGAACGCAAGGAAUUGUACUUUAAAAUUGUAUCAUUCUAUACAUAUUAUAUAUUAUUACAAUAUUAUACAUACACAAUUUAUUUGAAAAGAAAAAAAAAACCACAGAGUAGUGAAUUAUUAUAAAUAUAUAUAAUUAUUGUAACUUCGGUAUCGAAGAAUGCGUGAAAGUAGUAAUUUUAUUUCUUAUAUAUACAUAUAUAAAUAGGGAAUUAUGUUUUUCAAUUUAUAGUACUGGAGGAAUGUGUUACAUUGUACAUUUGUACUCGACUAGAUGUUUAUUCUCGUUUAAAAUAAUUUAUGGCGCCUAUUUUAUUAUAAGUUUAGUGCGAUCUGAUUUUAAUAAAUUUUUUUUGGUUCCAAACCAAAUUACAAAUGUUAAAA